GGAAGCACGGUGAUUGGCUAAGCCUAAACCAAUGAGCGGCCGCCAUCUCUAUUCUUCCGCACAUUCACACAGUGUGAUUUAGGGCAAGCAGACUGGAACACGCACCUGCCUGCCGAUAUCUGUGCACCCAAGGAUUUCCCGGGCCCCCCUCCCCAGAUGUAGAAGGAGUUGGCAUCUGCAGCUGCUGUCUUCACAACCCUUGCAGUCUCCCCUGAAGUUGUCCACCAUGCGCGAGUACAAGCUAGUGGUACUGGGUUCAGGAGGCGUGGGGAAAUCUGCCCUGACGGUCCAGUUUGUGCAAGGUAUUUUUGUGGAGAAGUACGACCCAACAAUCGAAGACUCCUACAGAAAGCAAGUGGAAGUCGAUGGACAGCAAUGCAUGCUAGAGAUUUUAGACACAGCAGGAACCGAGCAAUUUACGGCCAUGAGGGACCUUUACAUGAAAAACGGCCAAGGUUUUGCUCUGGUUUACUCCAUCACAGCACAGUCAACAUUUAAUGACCUGCAGGACCUUCGGGAGCAGAUCCUGCGAGUAAAGGACACAGAGGACGUUCCCAUGAUCCUGGUGGGCAACAAGUGUGACCUGGAGGACGAGCGCGUGGUCGGCAAGGAGCAGGGUCAGAACUUGGCCCGUCAGUGGAGCAACUGUGCCUUUUUAGAGACGUCAGCCAAAUCAAAAAUCAAUGUGAAUGAGAUUUUCUAUGAUCUGGUGCGACAAAUUAACAGGAAAACUCCAAUGGAAAAGAAGCCAAAAAAGAAGGAGUGCUGCACGCUGCUCUAAAUUCCCACCUCCAACUACCAACCACCCCCAACACACACACACACACACACACACACACACACACACACACACACACACACACACACACACACACACACACACACACACACACACAUAAUGACACAAAUAUUAGCUCUGGGUUGUUGAAAUCCCUUCGAUUCUAGCCAAGCGCAGGGCUCCACCGCCCACUGAGUACUGUAUUUUAAAUGAAUAUUUUAGGUUUAGUUUUCAGUUGUGUACUUGGACAUUAGUUUGGUUAGUAAGUGGUUCCUUCAGUUUGAAAUGACAGGUGGCAUUGGGAGCCCUACAUCACAAAGUGAUGUUAGACAGCAUAAUGCCUGAAUCUUCCUCACUGAUAGUCUAUUGGGCGCAAUGACUCCAUCUGCUGGCCAUGCUGUGUUACAGUCAUAUUUCAGUUUCCAUCCCACAUUCCCUCUGCAUUUGAGUUGUAAACCUCCCGAAACGAGGAAAUGUAUGUGUCUGAUUGGUAUCUAAUCCUUUUUGUGUAUAGACAAGUUUUUAUGUGUGACUCACAAGUAGCUGAAUCUGAUGCAGAACCGUCAAAUGAAUAAUGUCUCCCAUUGGCCCUGCCAACAUUCCAAGAAUUAUUUGAAAGCCAAAAUAUACUCUACUGUUUGCUAGAUAGCAAUGGUCGUCACAUUUUCCCCCAAAUUCGUCUUUUUAGGGACAAUUAAUCCACGUAAGUUUUGUUCGAUCAGAUUGAUAUGUUUCAUACUGCUUAUGUUAAAACUGUCCCUGUACAUAUAGACAUUUUUUGGGAUUUCAACAUGUUCUGUUAAGUUAUACAAAACCCGAGACCAGUGAAGUUGGCACGUUGUGUAAAUCGUAAAUAAAAACAGAAUAUAUUGAUUUGCCGAUCAUUUUCAAGUUAUAUUCAAUUGAAUACAAGCUAUUUAAUGUUUAAACUGAGAAACUUAAUUUUUUUUUUCAAAUCAUAAACUUAGAAUUUAAUGGCAACACAUUGCAAAAAAAAAACUGGCACUCAGGCCUUUUUGCCGCUGUUACAUGGCCUUUCUUUUUAACAACACUCAGUAAAUGUUUGGGAACUGAGGAGACCAAUUUUUGAAGCUUUUGAGGUGAGAUUCUUUCCCGUUCUUGCUUGAUAUGCAGCUUAAGUUUUUCAACAGUCCGGGGUCUUCAUUGUCGUAUUUUACGCUUCAUAAAGAGCCACACAUUUUCAAUGGGAGACAGGUCUGGACUACAGGCAAGCCAGUUUAACACAUGCAGAAUGUGGCUUGGCAGUGUCUUGCUGAAAUAAGCAGGGGCGUCCAUGAAAAAGACUUGCUCGGGUGGCAACAUACUGUGUGUUGCUCCAAAACCUGUACUUACCUUUCAGCAUGAAUGGAUUAACGUUGACCCCGACCGAUUUAAACAAGUUGAAAAACUUAUUCGGGUGUUACCAUUUAGUGGUCAAUUGUACGGAAUAUGUACUGAACUGUGCAAUCUACUAAUACAAGUUUCAAUCAAUCAAUCAAAAAGCAUUAUGGUGCCUUCACAGAUGUUUAAGUUACGUAUGCCUUGGGCACUAAUACAAACCCUUACCAUCACUGAUGAUGGUUUUUGAACUAUGCGCCUAUAACAGUCCAGAGGGGACAACGUCCACAGUUUCCAAAAACCAUUUAAAAUGUGGACUUGUCAGAUGCAUCAGUCCAUCUUAGAUGAGCUCGGGCCCAGCAAAGCUGGCGGCAUUUCUUGAUGUUGUUGAGAAAUGGCUUUCGCCUUGCAUAGUUUACUUUUAACUUGCACUUACAGAUGUAGCGACAACUGUAGUUACUGACACUGGUUUUCUGAAGUGUUCCUGAACCCAUGUGGUGACAACCUUUACACACUGAUGUCACUUUUUUGAUGCAGUACCGCCUGAGAAAUCAAAGCUCACGGUCAUUCGGUGCUGGUUUUCAGCAUUGCCACUUAUGUGCAGAUUUUUCCAGAUUUUCUGAUCCUUUUGAUGAUAUUACGGACCAUAGAUGGUUCAUCCAUCCAUUUUAUACCGCUUAUUCCCUUUUGGGUUGCGGGGGGUGCUGGUGACUAUCUCAGGUACAAUCGGGCGGAAGGCGGAGUACACCCUGGACAAGUCGCCACCUCAUCGCAGAUAGCCAGAAAACAUUCACACUCACACACUAGGGCCCAUUUAAUGUUGCCAAUCAACCAGGUGCAUGUCUUUGGAAGUUGGAGGAAGCCGGACUACCCUGAGGGAACCCACGCAUUCUUGGGGGGGGGGGGGGGGCAUGCAAACUCCACACAGAAAGAUCCCGAGCCCGGGAUUGAACCCUGACUACUCAGGACCUUCGUAUUGUGAGGCAGUCGCACUAACCGCUCUGCCACCUGACUUUAGAUGGUGAAAUCCCUAAAUUCCUUGCAAUCGCUCAUUGAGAAAUGUUCUUAAACUGUAUGACAAUUUGCUCAUAUAUUUAUCCACAAAGUGGUGACCCUUGCCCCAUCCUUAUUUGUGAAUGACUGAGCAUUUCAUGGAAACUGCUUUUAUACCCAAUCAUGGCACCCACCUUUUCCCAUUGAGCCCGUUUACCUGUGGGAUGUCCCAAAUAAGUGUUUUGAUGAGCAUUCCGCAACUUUCUCAGUCUUUUUGCCAUUUGUGCCAGAUUUUUUUUAAACAUGUUGCAGGCAUCAAAUUCCAAAUGAGCUAAUAUUUGUGAAAAAAUUACAUUUAUGGGUUCGAUUGUUAAGUAUCUUGUCUUUGCAGUCUAUUCAAUUGAUUGUAGGUGGAAAAGGACUUGCAAAUCAUUUUAUUCAUUUUUUAUUUAAGUUUUACACAAUGUUCCAACUUCACUGGUUUUUGGUUUUGUACACCCAUCUUGGGCAUUGUGUGAUUUUGCUACAGAAAGUAUGUAAAUGUUGGCCUUCUUACAUUUCUGUACUAACAAUGACAUCACUCUGAUAUACUUACAUGUUUUCAUGCAAUAUAUUUCCUAAGUGACUUGGUUUAUAGAGCCUUCAAGCCUUCCACGUUUCUCAUAAUAAAACUUCUGUUUUUGCAGAAUAAUACGGGGGCUAUUAGUAUUUUAUAGACAGACAGGGCGCAAUGCCUCUGUGUGUCUUAAAGAUAAAAAAUAUAUUGUACUAAGCCACCUCAAACAUUGCUUGUUUCUCUUUUUCCAGCUUUAAUGAAUGAUUAAACUUCAGUACAUUUUUA